CCGGGGGGAGGGGAGGGGGGGAAAAGGCAGCGGCGGCCGCCUCUUUUGUGGGAGGGAAGCGGAGGAGGCAGGCGGAAUCGAUCGGGGCAGAAAUUGUUCCGAAGUGAGCCGCUCCGGGAGGACUCGCCGGCCCCGGGGAGCCAGGUAAAGAUGAUGUGAAGCCAAUCCCAUGUCCCCAGACACCGCAGAAUGCUUGGCGAGCAACAUCUUCUUCAGCCAUCUGUUGAGCCAGAAGAUGUUUGACGUAGUUAUCCAUUCACUUCAUGUAGGAGGGAUGGCUUUGUUGCCUUCUAGGGAAUGAUCUGGGCCAGAUCUGCAGAGAUGGCUGCAUGACCUACGAAUUUAUCUUUUAUCAAGAGGUGAAGCUCCCCAAAGAAGGCCGGCUUUCCCCCAGCUUGCAAACAGAUACAAAGCCUUGCGCUCUUUCUCUCUCUUGCUCAUCAGAGGUUGGUGGCUCAGCUGUGGACUUACUGAGGGUCCAUCUCUACACUGUGUGAGAUCCUGAUCUCGAGGCCUGGACGAUUUCAGGACUACAAUGGAAGAGAAUGUAUUCAGUGUCCAACAGAUUCAGCCGAAUGUAAUCUCGGUGAAGCUCUUCAAACGGAAGGUGGGUGGCCUCGGGUUCCUGGUGAAGGAACGAGUUAACAAGCCACCUGUGAUCAUCUCUGACUUGAUCCGAGGAGGGGCAGCAGAACAAAGUGGCCUUAUUCAGUCAGGAGAUAUUAUCCUAGCGGUCAAUGGGAAGCCCCUGGUUGACAUGAACUAUGACGCAGCCUUAGGAGUCCUUAGAAGCAUCGCUUCGGAAACUUACGUUGUUCUCAUCUUAAGAGGCCCCGAGGGCUUCACCACUCACCUAGAGACAACCUUCACUGGAGACGGGACACCAAAAACCAUCCGUGUCACCAGACCUCUGUGUGGGACGCCAACAGUAGGCGAUCAGGCAUCUGCUCCGAGCAUCCGCACCAAAGAGAAGCAACAGGGGGAAGAACGCAGCAUGGGGGGCUCGGUCAGCUCCCGGUGUAACCGGGAGAAUGGGCAAGGGGAAGAAAACCUGGUGCACGUCAAUGGCAUGGUAGCCACCAACGUGGCCAAGGACACCCUGAAAGGAAACCAGGAUAUUCCUGACCAUUGCCUGAAUGGCAGCGUUGAGAACAGUGAACUGCUCAAGGAGAUUGAACCCGUUCUGGAUCUUCUGAAGGGCAACAGCAAGGAACUCAAUGGCAAUGCUGAAGCCAAGAUGGGAGUGAGAGAUGUUGAAGUCCAGGUGGACAGUUUCUGCGAAACGGACCGGAAGUCGCCAAGGACGUUGCCAACGCAGCUGGAGAACGUCAGUGACCAAUGGGGGGGCUCUGAAAUGUGCCCCAUGCCAAGCAACGUGUCUUCAGGCAAGAACCAGGUCCCUUCUGGCCAGCAGUCGCCUACCAAAAAUGUGGUGAACGGAAGCCCUUCCAAGUGCCCGCGUUUUGCCAAAGUGAAGAACUGGGAAACUGGCUCUGUGCUCAAUGACACUUUGCAUUUGAAGUGCUCCAUGGUAACCCCUUGCAGUGAACAGAUCUGCAUGGGCUCCAUCAUGAUGCCUUCUCAGCAUGUCCGUAAACCGGAAGAAGUCCGGACAAAGGAUCAGCUCCUCCUCCUCGCCAAAGAAUUCAUUGACCAGUACUACUCCUCCAUCAAGAGGUCUGGCUCGAAAGCUCACAUGGAAAGGCUGGUGGAAGUCACCAAAGAGAUAGAAACUACGGACACCUACCAGUUGCGUGAUACGGAGCUGAUCUAUGGAGCUAAGCACGCAUGGCGCAACGCCUCUCGUUGCGUGGGGAGAAUCCAGUGGUCCAAGCUGCAGGUUUUUGAUGCCCGGGACUGUACCACAGCUCAUGGCAUGUUCAACUACAUUUGCAACCACAUCAAAUAUGCCACGAACAAGGGGAACCUCAGGUCUGCCAUCACUAUCUUCCCCCAGAGGACUGAUGGCAAACAUGAUUUCCGAGUCUGGAACUCCCAACUCAUCCGUUAUGCUGGCUAUAAGCAACCGGACGGCAGCAUCUUGGGUGACCCAGCCAAUGUGGAGCUGACUGAGAUUUGCAAACAGCAAGGGUGGAAAGCCCCCUAUGGCCGAUUCGACAUCCUACCGCUCCUUCUCCAGGCCAAUGGGAAUGAUCCUGAGCUUUUUGAGAUCCCAUCUGAGUUAGUGUUGGAAGUCCCCAUUAGACAUCCCAAAUUCGAGUGGUUUAAAGACCUUGAGCUUCAAUGGUAUGGCUUACCAGCUGUUUCUAACAUGCUGCUGGAGAUUGGAGGGUUGGAGUUCUCUGCAUGCCCCUUCAGCGGCUGGUACAUGGGGACCGAAAUCGGAGUCCGGGAUUACUGUGACAGCUCUCGUUACAACAUCCUAGAGGAAGUGGCUAAAAAGAUGAAUUUAGACAUGCGGAAAACUUCGUCUCUCUGGAAGGAUCAAGCACUAGUGGAAAUCAACAUUGCAGUCCUGUACAGUUUUCAGAGUGACAAGGUGACGAUUGUGGAUCAUCACUCGGCCACCGAGUCCUUCAUCAAACACAUGGAGAAUGAAUACCGUUGCCGGGGAGGUUGUCCGGCUGACUGGGUAUGGAUUGUCCCACCCAUGUCUGGAAGCAUCACCCCUGUCUUCCACCAGGAAAUGCUCAACUACAGGCUUACACCGUCCUUUGAGUAUCAGCCUGACCCUUGGAACACACACAUCUGGAAAGGGGUCAAUGGCACCCCCACCAAGAAGAGAGCAAUUGGCUUUAAAAAAUUAGCUAAAGCGGUCAAGUUCUCCGCAAAGCUGAUGGGACAAGCAAUGGCGAAGAGAGUCAAAGCCACCAUCCUCUACGCCACAGAAACAGGGAAAUCCCAGGUCUAUGCAAAAACGCUGUGUGAAAUCUUCAAGCAUGCCUUUGACGCCAAGGUGAUGUCGAUGGAUGAGUAUGACACCGUCCACCUGGAACAUGAGACCCUGGUUCUGGUGGUCACGAGCACCUUCGGCAAUGGAGACCCUCCGGAGAAUGGAGAGAAAUUCGGGUGUGCCUUGAUGGAGAUGAAAAACCCCAACUCCAACCUAGAAGAGAGCAGAAGCUACAAAGUGCGCUUCAACAGUGUCUCCUCAUAUUCGGAUGCCCAGAAAUCCUCUACCAAUGGACCUGAAGCCAGGGACAAUUUUGAGAGCGCUGGUCCACUGGCCAAUGUCAGGUUCUCUGUCUUUGGGCUGGGCUCACGAGCUUACCCUCACUUCUGCGCCUUUGCCCGUGCUGUGGACACCCUCCUGCAAGAGCUGGGAGGGGAACGCAUCCUGAGGAUGGGCGAGGGGGAUGAACUGUGUGGUCAGGAGGAAUCCUUCAGAACGUGGGCCAAGAAAGUCUUCAAGGCAGCAUGUGAUGUGUUCUGCGUGGGAGAUGACGUCAACAUCGAAAAAGCCAACAACUCCCUCAUCAGCAACGACCGUAGUUGGAAGAGAAGCAAGUUCCGUCUGACUUAUGUGGCUGAGGCCCCAGAGCUGACCCAAGGUUUAUACAGCAUCCACAAAAAACGAGUUUACGCCGCUCGGCUGCUGUCCCGUCAGAAUCUCCAAAGCCCCAAAUCCAGCCGCUCCACCAUUUUCUUGCGGCUUCACACAAACGGCCAGCAGGGGUUGCGUUACCUGCCCGGGGACCACCUGGGAGUCUUUCCGGGAAACCAUGAAGAUUUGGUCAACACCUUGAUUGAAAGGCUGGAGGAUGCCCCGCCCACCAACCAGCUAGUAAAACUCGAAAUUCUAGAAGAGAGAACUACAGCUUUAGGUACCAUCAGCAACUGGACCGAAGAGAACCGCAUCUCUCCUUGUACCAUAUUCCAAGCAUUCAAAUAUUACCUGGACAUCACUACCCCUCCCACACCCAUUCUGCUGCAGCAGUUUGCCCUACUGGCCACCGACGAGAAGGAGAAGAAGCGCCUACAAGUUCUUAGCAUGGUAAGACAGCGGUGA